AUGGUAGUUUCGGGUUGGGCGCCACAGGCAUUCCGACAGACCAUGGAGGCGGGUCCCAAGCCGAUAGUGAUCGCGAUCGAUGGCCUGUGCCUGGGCGGCGGGCUGGAAAUCGCGGUGGCGUGCGCCGGGCGGGUGUGCUCGCCGAGGUCCAGGCUGGGCCUGCCGGAGCUGGCCAUCGGGAUCAUACCCGGCAUGGGUGGCACGCAGAGAUUGCCUCGAUUGGUUGGUGUGAGGAAGGGUGUGGAGAUGAUGCUGCAUUCACAGCAGGUGGGAGGGGAGGAGGCUGGGAGGAUCGGAUUGGUCGAUGAGGUGGUGGAGGGGGGGCAGGUGGUGGGGGCGGCCAAGAGGAUGGCGCUGGAGAUCGCAGCCGGGCGGCGGGCAAGGCUGGAGACGGUGCUGAGGACAGACAGGCUGGAGCCGCUGGGGAAGGCCAUGGUCGCUGUGAAGGAGGCGAGGGCGCGGGUGGCAGGGGGCCACGUGAGGCACCCGGAGCUGUGCCUGGAUGCCAUCAUUGCAGGUGUGGAGCAGGGAGGGAUGGCGGGCCUCUUGAAGGAGAAGGAGCUUUUCGACUUGAGCCUUACCCUCGACACACACAAGGCCCUGGUCCAUAUGUUCUUUGCACAACGUGACACCAAGAGGGUGAAGGGGGUGACAGAUGUCGGAUUGGUUCCAAGGCAGAUGAGGAAGGUUGCUGUUGUGGGUGGUGGGUUCAUGGGCUCGGGCAUAUGCGCUGCACUGCUGCUGGCAGGGAUCGAGGUUCUGUUGAAAGAAAUCGACCAACAUUGUCUUGAGGCUGGCCUUGGCCGAAUUAGAGCCAACCUCCAGGGCAUGGUGAAGAAGGGCAAGCUGAAGCAACUGCAGGCUGAGCAGUUGAUGGCCCAUGUGACAGGCACACUAGACUACAACACUUUUGGCUCUGUGGACAUGGUCAUCGAAGCUGCAUUAGAGAACGUGGUGCUCAAGCAGAAGAUCUUUGCUGACUUGGAGAUGGCAUGUCGGCCAGACUGCAUCUUGGCCACAAACACAUCUGCAAUCGACAUAGACUUGGUGGGCAGAGACACGCAGGCACAGGACAGGAUUAUUGGUGCACAUUUCUUUAGCCCAGCGCACCUGAUGCCCCUGUUGGAGAUUGUGCGUGGGCAGCGGACGUCCAAGCAGGUGGUUGUAGACACCCUGUCGCUCUCACAGCAGAUCAAGAAGACACCUAUUGUGGUUGGCAAUUGCACGGGAUUUGCUGUGAACCGCGUGUAUUUCCCUUACUACACAAGUGCCUGCUUCCUUCUGGACAUGGGCUUGAGCCCGUACCAAAUCGACAAGGCGCUGUCAGAGACUUUUGGAAUGCCCUUUGGGCCCUUCAGGUUAAUGGACUUUAAUGGUGCCGACGUCGGCCUGAAUGUCAGCAAGCACAUGGCUGGGGCCUUUGCUGACAGGAUGAUCACAUCUAACCUGUUUCCACUGCUCAACAAGGCGGGCCGGCUGGGUGUGAAGACAGGGAAGGGCUUCUAUAAGAUUAGCAAGGGUUACAAGUCGCCUCCUGAUCCAGAAGCCGCAAGCAUCAUUGAGCAGUCCCGGCGAGCUGCAGGCUACCUGAGGCCAGGAGACAAACCGCCCAAACUCACUGAUCAGGACAUCAUUGAAAUGAUCUACUUCCCCGUAGUCAAUGAGGGUUGUCGUGUCAUCGCUGAGGGCAUCGUGGACAAGCCCUCGGACUUGGACGUGGCCUCCGUCAUGGGCAUGGCCUUCCCGCGCUACCGAGGCGGCCUCAUCUUCUGGGCCGACCUGCUGGGCGCCAAGCACGUGUGCUCGCGCCUGGACGAGUUUGCGAACCGGUUCAGACCAGCGGAGGGCUUCUUCCGGCCAUGCGCGUACUUGAGGGACUGCGCGGCCUCGGGCCGGAAACUGGGGGCCGGCACGGGGGCUCGAUCGCGGCUGUAG